AUGAGGAUUAUCAGUAUUAUUUUGGCGUCGCUAACUCAGGUCAUUGCUUGGCCUGACCCUUAUAUUCGUUCAAAAGGAGCAAUCUGGCCAAAACCUCAGUACAUCAAAUCAACUGGAAGUUUUCUUUCAGUAAAUUCGGAAUCAUUUCAGUUUAUUUCCAGUAUUGGAGAAUGCAAAAUUAUUGAUAAAGCUAUCAUUCGCUAUCAGAGACGUUUAUUUGGUGAUAAGCUCAUUAAGCAUCAAAAGCCAACAACUAAUUUAUCUGGAAAAACUCUCAAAAACUUAACUUUGUUCUGUGACGAAGGAUGUACAAGUGAUUAUCCCCAACUUGGUAUUGAUGAAAGUUAUGCCUUAAAUAUUACACAAAAUACAGCGGUUUUAAGAGCAAACAAGGUUUGGGGUAUUUUGAGAGGAUUAGAGUCAUUUGCUCAGUCAUUUUUCGAUAACAAUACUAAAAUAAACGAAGCUGAAAUUGAAGACUAUCCUCGAUUUAUUCAUCGUGGAGUUCUUUUAGAUACUUCAAGACAUUAUUUAUCAGUAAACGUAAUAAAAGCAAAUAUUGAAUUGAUGGCACAAAAUAAAUUCAACACAUUUCAUUGGCAUAUUGUUGAUACAGAAUCGUUUCCAUUCAAAUCAGAAGUAAUUCCAGAAUUGGUCAAAGGAGCUUAUACUCCUCAACAUGUCUACAAUAUUUCUCAAAUUAAGGAAAUAAUCGAGUUCGCCAGAUUACGAGGUAUACGAGUAAUAGCAGAAUUUGAUACUCCAGGACACAUGAAAUCUUGGGGAUUUAAUUUCAGCACUAUUUUAGCAACAUGUUAUCAUUCAAAUGGUUCAGUAUAUCAAGGAUUCCAGAAUUUAUUAGAUCCUACAAAUUCAGAAACUUGGGAUUUGUUAGCAGCACUUUUUCAGGAAGUGUUUACAAUAUUUCCAGACAACUAUAUUCAUCUUGGUGGUGAUGAAGUAGACAUGUGGAUUAACGAGUGCUGGAUUCAGAAUCCCAUUUAUAAUAUGACAAAUGGUUUCGAUCUCCAAACUUGGUAUUUCAAAAAAUUCUUUGCGCUCCUUCAUAAUUUAAAAUCAGGAAAUAAAAAGAAAUUUCUGGUCUGGCAGGAAGCAUUAAAGCAAACAACUGGAUCAGAGAAUAAUCUGUUAGAUUCUGGCCUAAUAGCUCACAUUUGGAAGAAUAAUAAUGAUAUAAUUGAUGCAACUAAGCGUGGAUAUUACGCCAUCUUAUCAGCUUGUUGGUACUUGGAUCUAAUUUCAACUUUUGCUGAUUGGAAGAAAUAUUAUCUCUGUGACCCACAAAAUUUCAAUGGAACCGGAAUUCAGAAAUCACUUGUAUUAGGUGGAGAAGCGGCACUCUGGGGUGAAUGGGUAGAUGAAAGUAAUGUCAUGUCAAGGUUGUGGCCUCGUGCUUCCGCGGUUGCAGAACGACUAUGGAGUUCUGCCAAAACAAAAAGUAUUGCUGAAGCUUGGCCUAGAUUGUAUGAAAUGCAGUGUCGGAUGGCACAACAAGGAUAUCCUGCGCAACCAGCCGAAGGUCCUGGAUUUUGUGAACAAGAAUAUAAGAUUAUAUUACCCCAACUAGAUUGA